GGCAUUGGUAGAUCGAGUGGAUUUUAUUCUCUUUUUCCACUUACCAAACAUCCAAGCACGUACUAAUGCGCUCAACCCAACGAUCUCUCCUCUAUUCCACUGCACGUUCCAUCGCUUCGACUUCCUCCUCACAAAAUUUCCCUGAAAAUCACCUCUCUUUCAUCCUCAGAAAAUGCAUCUCUCUCUUACAACUAUGCGGCUCCUCCCAAUCCCAGCUGAAGCAAAUCCACGCAUUCUCCAUCAGACAUGGCGUCCCACCCCCAAAUCCCGACUUCAACAAGCACCUAAUCUUCGCUCUCGUCUCCCUCUCGGCCCCAAUGUCCUAUGCGACCCUAAUUUUCAAUCAGAUUCAAGCCCCCAAUAUCUUCACUUGGAACACCAUGAUUAGAGGAUUUGCCGAGAGUGAGAAUCCCAGUCCGGCCAUAGAGUUGUAUUCCCAAAUGCGCGCCGCGUCUUCGAUUCUUCCUGAUACGCAUACUUUUCCCUUUCUUUUCAAGGCUGUUGCUAAGUUGAUGGAUGUUAGGCUAGGCGAGGGAAUUCAUUCUGUUGUUGUUAGAAAUGGGUUUGAUUCGUUGCUUUUUGUUCAGAAUUCGUUGGUUCACAUGUACUCUGUUUUUGGGUUUGCUGAGAGUGCGUACCAGGUGUUUGAGUUUAUGUCUGACAGAGAUCUUGUGGCUUGGAACUCUGUUAUUAAUGGCUUUGCUCUCAAUGGAAUGGCUAAUGAAGCUCUGACCCUUUUUAGGGAAAUGGGAUUUGAGGGCGUGGAGCCUGAUGGGUUCACUAUGGUUAGUUUGUUAUCUGCUUGUGUUGAGCUUGGGGCACUGGCCUUGGGGGAGAGGGUUCAUGUGUAUAUGUUGAAGGUUGGUUUAAUACAGAAUCUACAUGCUAGCAAUGCCCUUCUUGAUCUUUAUUCCAAAUGUGGGAACAUUAGGGAUGCACUGAAGAUGUUUGAUGAAAUGGAAGAGAGGAGUGUGGUUUCUUGGACUUCUCUGAUUGUUGGAUUGGCUGUUAAUGGAUUGGGAAAUCGAGCUCUUGAGCUGUUUGGGGAGUUGGAAAGGAAGGGGUUGAAGCCUAGUGAGAUCACAUUUGUUGGAGUUUUGUAUGCUUGUAGCCACUGUGGUAUGGUUGAUGAAGGCUUCAAUUACUUUAGAAGGAUGAAAGAAGAAUAUGGGAUCUUGCCAAGAAUUGAGCACCACGGCUGUAUGGUUGAUUUGUUGUGCAGGGCAGGCAAGGUCGGAGAUGCUUACGAUUAUAUUCGAAACAUGUCUGUCCCGCCCAAUGCGGUAAUUUGGCGGACCUUGUUGGGAGCUUGCACAAUUCAUGGCCAUUUGGAACUGGGUGAGGUUGCAAGAGCUGAAAUCCUGCUCUUAGAACCAAAGCACACUGGCGACUUUGUCCUUCUCUCGAACCUUUAUGCAUCGGAGCGUCGUUGGCUGGACGUGCAAAACGUGAGGAGGAUGAUGCUUAUGAAAGGAGUGAAGAAAACUCCUGGCUAUAGCCUAGUCGAGUUGAAAAAUCGUGUUUAUAAAUUUAUCAUGGGUGAUAGAUCUCAUCCUCAAAGUGAGGAGACAUAUGCAAUGCUGACGAAGAUCACCGAGUUGUUGAAAAUUGAAGGAUAUGUUCCUCGCACGGUUAAUGUUCUUGCAGAUAUAGAAGAGGAAGAAAAGGAGACAGCUUUGUCUCAUCACACAGAGAAAGUUGCUAUUGCUUUUAUGUUGGUUAACACCCCACCAAAAACUCCAAUUAGAAUCAUGAAGAAUUUGAGAAUUUGUGCAGAUUGUCAUCUGGCAAUCAAAAUCAUAUCCAAGGUUUUUGAACGUGAGAUUGUCAUAAGGGAUCGUAGUAGGUUUCAUCAUUUUAAAGACGGUUCGUGCUCUUGUAAAGAUUAUUGGUAAUCUAAAUGGUAUUUUGUUUAUCUAUA